AUGAUUGCACUUGCUGGCUUUCUUGCACUUUCUGCGAUUGUUCCUCAGGCGUUGGCUGUUGGAACCGCUCUUGGUUUCGGCUCUGCUACGGUUGGUGGUGGCUCCGCAACAGCUGCUGUUCCCUCGUCCACCGCAGAGCUGUUGGAAUGGUUGGCGGAUGACACUGCGCGAGUCAUUCUGCUCGAGUCUAUCUACGACUUCACCGAUUACUACGGUUCGACGACUGGCACCGUUUGCGCGCCCUGGACUUGCAGUCCGGACCCGCAACUCGCUAUUGACCAGGAUGACUGGUGCGAGAACUACGAGCCCGACGCAUCGAAGUCGACUGCUACGUACUAUAAUUCCGGAACGAGCUACGAGUAUAGCUUGAAGGUCGCCAGCCAGAAGACGCUGCUCGGUUCGGGCAGUUCUGGUGGAAUUAAGGGCAUUGGUUUGUUGAUUCAGGAUGCGGACAACGUCAUCAUCCAGAACAUCAAGAUCUCCGAUAUCAACCAAGAGUAUGUCUGGGGUGGUGAUGCUAUUGCUAUUGUCGGCUCAACCCACGUCUGGAUCGACCACUGCUACAUCGAGAACAUCGGUCGUCAAUUCAUCGCUACUGGUUAUGACUCCGCCACGGACGUUACAAUCAGUAACAAUAUAUUCGACGGAAGGGAGACUUACUCCGCUUUGUGCAACAGUGACCACUACUGGGCAUUCAUUUUCACUGGUGAGGCCGAUACCAUCACGUUCACCCAGAACUACGUCUACCACACUUCUGGCCGUGGACCCCAUAUCGGUGGUACCAGUGGAUACACACAAUAUAUCCACAUCGUGAACAACUACUACGUUGACGUUGACGGUCACGCCGUCGAUGCUGAAGUCGGCGCCGUUACUCUUGUUGAGGGCAACUACUUCAACACGGUCACCACCCCUUCGCUCAAUGACGUCCCCGACGGCAGCGAAUACUUCAUCCAGAGCAGCACCGAUGCCUCCACUUGCGGCUCUUCACUCGGAAGGACUUGCCAGACCAACACGCUCUACAGCUCCGGCGCUGUGACCGCCGUCGUGGAUAGCUCUGUGUUGAGCGCAUUCUCUUCCCAAUCUGCUAUCACCGGUUACACACCCCUUACUGCAUCAGCUGCUGCGACCUACGUCCAGGCCAACGCUGGUCUCGGUGUCGUCAACUAGAAAACGUCUUUCUAGCAUCACUGCUGUCUUUCUCCAUCUCUUCGCCUUCUUCAUCGACUCGAUGUCCGACCCCUCCUCAUUCACCAUUACUCUCUCACGCACGCAGGCCCUGCUAUCUAUAUGCGGCAUCGGAGCAACAUUCUUUCUUUGUACUGUCCCAUAUACCUUCUUUCGCUACCUCAGUGCAGUACUUUGGUUCCCUUGGUUUUGUUUUGUGUUGGUCUCGUCAUGGUCUCCGAUGACCG